AUGGGUUUGAUUUUCAAGCGAGACAACGAGGCGCUCAACAUUAACCCUCUCCCACGUAUUGAGGAGGAACUCAGCGUCAAUGGCUCCAAUUGGCUCUGGGCUUGCAUGGCAAUCUACUCGUUCUUCUUUCUCGGUGUCUUCGCCAUGUCAUACAGACCCAGAGGCAAUGAGAAGAUCUUCCACUACCUCCUGAACAUCGCUCUUCUCGUCGGUGCCAUCACCUAUUUUGCCAAUGCUUCCAAUCUCGGUUGGUCUAUCGUGGCCCAGGCCGACUCAAGUGGUGCUCCACGACAGAUCUUCUUCAACAAGUACAUCAACUGGGUCGUUGCCUUCCCCAUUGUCAACAUCCUCCUCGGUCUCGUCGCCAACUCCUCGUGGGCUACUAUCGUCUGGCAUAUCUUCCUCUCUUGGGUCUGGAUCAUCAGCUAUUUGGUGUCCGCCUACACCCCUUCCGUCUACAAGUGGGGAUUCUUCACCUUCGGUACCGUCGCCUACUUGGUCAUGGCCGCCUCCACCUUUGGCGAGGGAAUGAUCGGAGCCAAGCGCGUUGGUACCCAGAGAGACUACUGGGUGCUCGCCGGCUACUUCAAUCUCUUGUGGCUUCUCUACCCCAUCGCAUUCGGUGUUUCCGAGGGCGGCAACACCAUUGGCGUCACCCCCCACUUCAUCUUCUUCGGCGUUCUGGACGUUCUGAUGAUUCCCUUCGGCGCAGUCAUCUUCCUGCUGCUCUCCAGAAAGUGGGACUACAACGCUCUGAACCUCUACUUUACCCAGUACGGCCGUGUUCCCCAGGGGGACACUUCCCUGAGAAGUCGGCGGCUCGUAUCCCUGCCCCGACGGCGACUCCCGCCGGAACCGAGCAAGUUUAAGAAGCAUCUCGGCCUUGGAUCACCGCGCUAUUCCAGGACAGCUAGCAACCCUUUGAAGUAG